AUGGUCUUCAAAGCCAUCUUUGCUGUAUCACUCCUAGCAGCUGGAGCUUACACCAUUGCGAACGCACUCACAGCCUCCUCCAAUAGUUUCAAGAAAACUAAAAGGCGGAAGAGCUCAAAAGAAACCAAGACCAAGAAGACCAAGAAGACCAGGAAGAGCAAAAUCGGAUCGUCAUCAUCGUUCUCCGAAGCGUUCAUGGGUACAAACAGCUCGUCACUACAAAGCACUCAUUCCGUCUCGUGCAACUACGACUCUGGCGUGGACCUGUCGUUUUCACAUACAUCAGCAAAUCCUACUUUGAGUUCCAAUAUUAAGAAAAAAAGGAAAACUCCAACUGACAAUGACUGCACAAGGAAGCAAGCAAGCAACGAGGCUUACUGGGAGUUUAACUUGUAUGGAGAUGAAUGGGAGCGGAUGGAUCCCUCGAUCAUUCGAGAUCUCGAAAGAGCCUUUAGCUCCGGACAAUCUACCCUGCAGACGUGCUUUGAGAACCCUCGCGUCCAAACUUUCAACACAUAUCAGUUCGAUUUAUCCUCCUUGGAGCAGAUCAAUGUGGACACGGGCUAUCGUCGAAAGAUUCGGAGAGUCGCGCCACCGCGAAAGAGUGCAAAGAGAAAGGCUCUUGAGAGCGAGGAUACAGAUCGGAGGCAUUGGGUCACCAAGUCGAAGAGGAGCAAAAAGUCCGAAUCGUUCCUGUACAGAGUUGCGGAGGACUCUUCAGAGUUCCAGGAGCUUGUGAAAAUUUUCAAUAGCAGCUGCCCUCAAAAUUUCAGGAGGAUCUUGAACAUAAUGCGAGUUGAGAACAAAUACCUUCAUGACAGAUACAUCCUGGCCAAAAAGUCCAUCAAAUCGAAGCAUGGUUCUCAAUGGAACGAAAGCUCUAUGGUGAGAAAGUUGUUCCAUGGCACAAAGCAUGCUGCCAUCCCUUCAAUCAUUCAAGGUGUGGAUGCUGGCUUCAAACCCUUGCUCAGUGGCUCAAGAACAGGAGACAUCUAUGGCAAAGGCUCGUAUUUCAGCAGUCGUGCCAACUAUUCUGACACAUACACUGAGAGCUUGAAUGGGAUCAAGAAGUUGAUUGUUGCCGAUGUUGUUGUGGGAAGCAUCUGUCUUGGACAUCGACAGAUGGACCUUCUGCCGUUGCGAUGUGAUGACAAGAGAUAUGACUGUGCAGUGGACAACAUUGCAAACCCAACGAUUUUCGUCAUACAGGUAAUCACUUUGUCACUUGAAUUUACAUCCCAGCGGUCGACUCAAUUGUUUGUCAUUGUUGCCUGUUCUCUGUUUGUGUUCCCUAGUUGA